AUGGAUAGACGGACUGAGGGUCUGUCUGUCUGUGUUCUGUCUGUCUGUCUGUCUCGGAGGAUCGCGGCGAGACAAGAGGGUGUAAUCGAAAAUAAAGGUGUGCGCAUGUAUUCAGGGUGCGUACCUUUUAGAAUCCCUGGCCUUGCAGCUAUUCCGUCCACGAGCAAUCUCGCGGCGGAUGGUGUUCUGUUCCUUCUAGAUGUGACGUCGGAAGGGGAACAGAAGAAGUGGGCGGAGGCGAAUCCAAAGGAAUGGAUAAAAUGGGACAGAUUCCAGCCGGGGGGAGAUAAGAAAUAG